UCAAUAAAGGAGUUUUACGAGCGCAUAAGAGAUGAGUCCAAUGGGGAAUCCUUUCAUCAAGCCUGGGAAGUUGCCUCUAAAGCGCUGGAUAAGUGGGAAGAAGAAGAAGACAAUCGCACAGGUUGGGAUGAAGCCAAAGUAAGUUACGAUGCUGAAUUAACGAAGUGGAAGGAGUUGCAACCUGAGUGUGAUAAGUAUGUGCAAUGGUUUGAUGCCGAAAUAUGUAGACACAUUGCAUAUGUGGGUAUUAGGGCUUUUGCAGUAGGGUAUCUACUCCCCGACUGGACACAAAUUUUGAUUCGGGAG